AUGGUUCCAGAUAAUCUGUGCCUCAGAGAUGCUGCAUUCCUGAAAAGCUUUAACUGGGCGUGCCUCGUGGUGGAUGAAGCCCACCGGCUGAAAAAUCAGGAAUCGUUGCUUCAUCGAGUGCUUUCCAAGUUUUCAGUGAACUUCACGCUUCUGCUGACUGGGACUCCGAUUCAGAACAGCCUUCAAGAGUUAUACGCCCUGCUGACUUUUAUUGAACCUGACGUAUUCCCUGAAACGCAAGUGGAAGAAUUUGUUGGCCGUUACCAUGGAAUCGAAAAGCAUAGCAAAGCAGCCGACGAGCUCCACGCUGUUCUUCAGCCAUUCCUGCUCCGCAGGGCGAAAUCGGAAGUUGCAGCCGAACUCCCUAAGAAGAUGGAGGUGGUGCUCCACCACGGCAUGUCGGCUGUGCAGAGGAAGCUGUAUAAGGCGAUUCUGAUGAAGGACCCGGGUGCAUUUGAAAAUGACACGGGAAAGAAAAUGAAGCUGCAGAAUAUUUUGAUUCAGCUUCGGAAGUGUGUCGCCCACCCCUACCUGUUUGAUGGAGUAGAACCAGAACCCUUUGCCAUUGGAGACCAUCUCAUUGACGUCAGUGGAAAACUGAGCUUACUGGACAAGCUUCUGUCGUUCCUCCACACAGGGGGCCAUCGGGUGUUACUGUUUUCCCAGAUGACUCGAAUGCUGGAUAUCCUGCAGGACUACCUGGAUUAUAGAGGAUACAGUUAUGAGCGCCUGGAUGGGUCUGUCCGCGGCGAAGAGAGACAUCUCGCCAUUAAGAACUUUGGGACUCAACCCAUCUUCGUCUUCCUUCUGAGCACCCGGGCAGGUGAGCCGGAGCUUUGGGGACAGAGUGCUUGAGUGGAGGUGCCUCCUGCUGCUUCAGGACUUGGGUUGUGAGAAGGUGCUCGAGCGAGGUUUGGGGUAUCAUGUUCAAGCAAACAGAACCGGGGAUCAUAUUUGCCUGUGGUUGGCUGUUGACACUUAUUUUGCUGAGUGAUAGGAAACUACCUUUCACUAAGAGCGGACAGUAGGAUCCUACGGGGCUUAGUGUUACCCCAAUUAGAGGGAACAGGAUACCCAAUUCUUGUUUAGAGAAUUGAAGAAACUGACAAGGACAAAGGAUCUUAAGAAGAAGUUGUUGUUGUUGUUAAUUAAACUUAAUAGACCCGCUCAACCCCCAAAGGGCUCUGAGCGGUGUACAAGGCCAUAUGGGCAAUAAAACAACAGUAAUUAAAUGAUGUGUCAAUCUAGAGUGCAAUGUGACUAGCAAGUAACAGAAACGCAAAGCACUCUCUGGCCAAUAAACUUUUGAAAAAUAAUCCUAAUAGUAUUGUUUCUUAUCAAUCUUUAUAUUAUUUUUUAAAUGGCUGUAAGCUCUUACCAACUAUUACAAAUAAUAUCACCACAAUAUCAACAUGCCUUAUAUACACCUUAAUACAUCUAUACAAGCGGAUAACUGCACAACCAACUCACAAAUCACUGGUGUGGUCCGAGGUUCACUUUUCUUUUCUUUUGAAAUGGAGCCAACACUCAAGCCCUUCGGGGAUGAGGCGGCCUAUAAAUCCAACCAAUAAAUAAAUCAAUAAAUCUCCCUUCAAACCGGGAGACCUCUUGGUAGCAACUUGUAAUCCUCUUUAGAAGUCCUUUAACGCGUGUCCAUUCAGCAAACUUGAAAUAAUAAGAUGCAAAACCAGUAGCUAAAGCUUGAGUCCAGAUUCCCAACGCCUAUUGUAGCUGAAAUGCUGUUAGUAGGCACUAUAUUUUUAUUAUUUAAUAGAGUCCCAUAUAUGUUGGACCAGUACAAAUAUUAGGAAACUACUGAAGAAGUUAUGAUGAAAAUGCUUAUAACAAUGCACAGAGAGUUCUGAUAUUUCAGAGGACUCCCUCUGAUAUUGUGGUGAUAUUAUUUAUAAUAGUUGGUAAGACCUUGCAGCCAUUUAAAAAAUAAUAUA